ACCUCCAAAUAAUCAAUGAUAACAGCGUUCGCUAUUGAUGUUCGAUAAACACGUAACAAAACUUGAAGGGAGUACAGAGAAUGGGGCUCUUUGAUCGUUUAGCGAAUCUUUUAGGAAUUAGGAAAAAAGAAGUAAACGUUUUAGUAGUGGGCCUUAACAACAGUGGUAAGUCGACGGUCAUAAAUAAUUUCAAACGCGAGGAUGACCGUUGCAUAGACAUAGUGCCCACUGUUGGGUAUAAUGUUGAAAAAUUUUCAUUCAAAAAUGUCAUUUUUACGGCAUUCGACAUGUCGGGUCAUGAUCGUCAUAGAGCCUUAUGGGAACAUUAUUACAAGGACUGUCAUGGUAUUAUUUUUAUAAUUGAUAGCAGCGAUAAGUUACGAUUGGUUGUGGUCAAAGAAGAAUUAGAUAUGCUUCUUCAACAUCCAGACGUAGCAGGUCGCAAAAUACCGAUUCUUUUCUUGGCAAAUAAAAUGGAUUUGCCUGAUUCUUUGACUACUGUUAAACUUGUUGCUGGCCUUGGCCUUGAUCGUAUACAAAAUAAACCCUGGCAUAUACGAGCAACAAAUGCGAUCACUGGUGAAGGUUUACAACCUGGCAUAGAGUGGCUUACAGAUCAAAUCCGUGACAUAUACAUUAACAAGAGAUAAACAUAAUAUCGCAAGAACAAUCUACAUAUUUUAUAUUUAUUGACAUACAGCGAUGUACUUAAAUUUUAGAUUGCCUUAUAGGAAUGAACCGCGCGCAAUUAAUAUUUGUAACAGAUCCGUCCAGUAAACAUGUUAGCCACAUUUUUCUUGUUAAUAUACAUUUUUGUGAGAAUUAUCUAAAUAUUUCCUUCAAUGAUAUCUAAAGUUUUUGAUGUGAUAAAAUAAAGAAAUUACGUUGGGAAUACA